AUGACCUCUACGGAUGCCGGCGAACUCAACACAGUCAUCGAUGCCAUCAAUGCGAAGCAUGGGCAACUCGCUAAACGUCAAGGGGAUGCUCAAGAGGUCAACGACGAACCAUCUGAAAACCCAGCAAAAAGCAUCGCACCAGCUUUAGCCGUUCAGGCGAAACCCAACAGACUUUAUGCCGUGAUCAUAGGCGUUGACGAAUACGAAGCAGGAUAUACCUCCCUCGAAGGCGCUGUCGAAGAUGCGAGCGCUGUCGAGGCUUUUCUACUCGAUCAGAAACCUGCGGUGGCCGCUGGACGCAUCAAGAGACUGACGAAUGAACAAGCUACGGCUGCCAAGAUUGUGGAGACCAUCACGAGUUUCUGGCGGCAUACCUGCGACGACGAAUCUUCUUGCGUAUGCGCUGUGAAAGACGUGGAGAAGGAUGAUCCUAUUCUUAUCUACUACGCGGGCCAUGGUAGCAAUCUCCCGAAACCAAAUGGAUGGCCGACCGCGAGCUCGCAUAUCCAGUGCAUAGCGCCAUAUGGCGUUCGGGUCGAGGGCGGCCUUGUGAAAGGCGUGGUCUCCGAUCGAGCGCUAGGCACCCUUCUCAUCAAGCUGGCAGAAGCCAAAGGUAACAACAUCACCGUCAUCCUUGACUGUUGCCAUUCGGGCUCUGGAACGCGCGACAACGACAGUAUUCCACGCGGUUUGGAGUUCAAGAGCUAUGACCCUGUUCGAGACGAAGCCAUCUACCACACGAUCGAUUCAUCAUACGAAGAAGAGGUCUAUAGAAACGAUGCCAACCAUCCCAACGCGAGCAACCAGACUGCAGGACCGCGGUUCGCAGACAGCGAUCUGCAGUCCCACAUACUUCUUGCCGCGUGCAGCCCGGAACAAUCCGCCUUCGAGAAUCGCUCUGUCCGCAGAGGUCGCUUCACCUCCGCUCUUUUGACAUUACUGCGGAAGCCGGGCACGGGCACCUUGACCUACGCGGAGCUGAUUCAGAGGUUGGAUAACCUGCCUCAGCAGACUCCCCAAUGCGAGGGUUAUUACAAAAACUCUCGCGUGAUCUUCGAGGCAGGCCUGGUGCAACGCAUUCGCGAUUGCUAUGCCGUCUCCAAGUCGGGCGAGCCAUCGUACUCUGUUCGCGCCGGCCUCAAUGAUGGUGUGAUGGUUGGAGACGUCUUUGAAGUUUAUCGCAACGACAAGGCCCUGGCCAUGGCGGCAAAACCUCUCGCUCAUAUGGUCGUGGAUUCCGUGAACGCCUCUGCAAGCUUUGUCAUCCCAGUCGGUCCACAACACCUCGACAAGAUACCCUCUGGCCGUCAACCCACCGUGGUACUUCGUCCCAAGAAGCGCACUCCCACAGGCCAUCCCGGCAAGGGCGCUCCGCUCAGUAAGGGUUACCACCUCGUGAAAUCGAUGUACAUCUUGCGCGCCGGUCGCAUUCAUGGCGUCAGCGAAGGGGACGUCUUCGCUGUCUACGAAAGUAAAGCGGCGUAUAUCUCAGCGUCCGCUUCUUCUGGGAGGCUUGUCGUUGCAUUUGCGAAGGCCGUGACAAGCUCUAUGGCACCUGUAGAAGACUCGACGGGGGCUCUUCUUCGUCUUCUUGAGACAACUCAGCAUGCUGUCGCCAUUCUAGAGCGCGCCGGCACGUCGCACGUUUUCCGUUGCCACGUUGACUCCGAUGCACACCCGGACCUCUACAAGAUGGUGGCGUCAGCGCUGGCAAAGGAUGCUCUCGAUCCCGCAGGACGUUUGGGCUGCAACAUAGUGUUUUCGGCUCUGGAAGAGUCCUGUAUCGCCCUCGUUCCUGCGGUCGACACUACCGACACCGUUGACUUGAUUAUACUGGAUGAACGUAUCCGGGCGCUGGGGAUAGAGAAGCUUUCAGGACGUGUGGUCCACAAGGUGGACCCUAUUCGUGCCGCCCUACGCUCCGCUGCCCACUUCUUCUACCAUCUCGACUCGUCACCCGACCAGCAGGGGUUCAAGAAUGGUGUGACGUGGAAAAUGCACAUCAUGCACGACGAAAUGAUAUUCUACGACGACGAUAAGAAGCGUGUCCCCAUGCCAGUCUACCGACCCGUCAUGGAAGUGGACGACUUCUCGACCUCGGGUGUAUUCAGUCCGACGGUGUCACUACCGGGCGAUGGAAACAUCACCGCGUAUGGCAUGGACGUCUCGAUUGUGCCCGAGUCCAAGUAUAACUUCUUUGUCUGGUUGUUCUACUUCGACUGCAGCACUCUAAGGAUUAAGCAACACUACGGGCCCCCCAUUAUCAAGGACGAUGCCACGCCGCCAUUGAUUGCUGGCUCCAAAGAGCCACUCCCGUUGAACUACGGCGACGCUGGCUCGCUUCCCUUUAUAUUCAGGCUCCCGAACAAUAUACAUCGUGAGGUCGGCUUUCUCCGUUUAUUUGUCUCGACCCACUACACCGACCUUUCGUCUAUCGAACAAGGACCAGUGGUGGAGCCCGGGAGGGACUCUGAGCAAGUGGUGUCGCAUAAGGCAUCGACACAAGGCUGGGACGCAGUCACUUUCGCUGUCGUGAUCACGGACGAGAAGCCUCAAGACGCAGACUCCGAGUCUGAGCUCGAUGAACAGGAUGUUAACGAAGAACCGCAGGGAUAG